AGCAGCGAGCUAGAGCCCGCGUCGCAGCUCCCGGCCGCAGAGAGAGGCUGGGCGACCCGGAGCGCGAGGGGACCUGGCCCAGGCACGGCAGGCAGCUCUGCGCGCGGCUGAUGCUGCUAUGAGGACAGAUUCAUCAGCAAUGACUGAUGUGGAGUCUGGGGUCACCAAUUUUGCAUCUUCAGCAAGGGCAGGCCGCCGGAAUGCCCUACCAGACAUCCAGAGUUCAGCUGCUACAAGUGGAACCUCCGAUUUGCCCCUCAAACUGGAGGCCCUUUCUGUGAAGGAAGAUGUAAAAAAGGAAGAUGAAGAAACAACGCGAGGCCAAUUGGAAAAGCCCCAAAAUGAAGAAAAAUGAUGGCUCAUAUAAUCUAUCAGUGUGCUGAAUUUAUGCACGUUAAAAGACUUAGUGGCUCUGUUUUUCUGAGAUGUUUGAUCUGGUAGUAACUAUGGUAACAUUGCAGCCCUAAGCAACAUGUAUUAGAUAAUUUUGUUGUGACGCUACUCAGUUGGAUUGCAACCAUGAUGUCCAAUAUAGGCAAUUAAAAGGCAGGUUACUUCCAAAUUGCACGCAUGGAAAAGGUUAAGAAUGUAUGAUCACUUAAAAACGUAUCAUUGUCUAUAAACCAACAAAAUCCACUGUUCUCUUUUGGAUUUUCUUAGCCUAUU